UUCCCUGGACCGCGAUGUGUGGGUGGGAUGACAUGUCCUGUCAUCUGGCCACACCCCCGGGAUCACUCAACAGCUCAACCUCCUCGCCUGUGAGUGGCCACCGGAACUGUAGCUCAGGAAAGGCACACAGGCGGCCAAUCACCGGCAAGGAGGUGGAGCUUGGAGAGGAGGAGCCAAGCAGCACCGUGAAGAUCAAAGAAGAUCAAGUGAGGGAGCUGCCAGAGCGAGUGAAGAGGAGAGCGGCCAGAGAAGGAAGACAGCUGACCGGUAAGUGGAGGGAGCGAGCUCAGGCUGGAGCAGGGGUCAGCAAGGUAAGUAUC